AUGAAAGUGAACAAUAUUAAACUUUCAGAGAAGCAAAUUCCGGAUCGCAAUGAUGAGGAGACAUUGGCAGGUCUGAAUAAGAAGGCGAAAGCAGGAAUAGCCACAUCGACGCCGGCGAGCUCUUUUCCACCUCCAGUUGAAGAUCCCAUAGAAGGUUCUCCCAUCAACAUUUUUAAUCAAAUAUGGUCUGCUGCUGAUCAAUUCUUCCAGCAGUCCGUUUUUGACAAAGCUAUUGGAGAAGGUACUGCAUUCGGAAAGCGCAUGAGUCUGUCUGAGCAGCGUCGAGUUACCAUGACACGAUUGUCGGAGAAAUUUGGUGCCGAGAACAUAGUUGGAAAUAAAGUAGCAGGAUUGAGUGCCGAAAGCAGUGUCAACGAAGAAUUGCGCCGUCUCUCGAUCGUGCCAAAUGAGGCUGAUGCCGAAGAACAUACUGGACAAGGACUCAAGUCAGUGAUCGAAUCGGAAGUUAAUCCAUGGGAUGAGAAUGUGCGCAAUAAAAUAAUGUGCGAUCGGCAUUUUGUUUCCACAAAUCUCCAUGACUUCCAGGAGAAGUGCGGCCGAUUUAAUCCUGAUGUCCGGAUAACUUUGGGAGGGGAACGUUUCGACGUUAAGGAAUUAAUCGCACAGGGCGGUUUUGCAAGAGUGUACAAGUGCAUUUCUGAAGACGGCAACACUUACGCCAUUAAGUAUGAAAUACCGCCGUGCAGAUGGGAAGUGUAUAUUUGUGAAUCACUACGAAAUCGAAUGCCACAAGCGAUGCUGCACAGCGUGAUGAACGUUCGCGAUGCUUAUAUCUUUUCAAAUGCGAGUGCGAUCGUCUAUGAAUACCACAGUUGUGGAAACCUCCUCGAUAUGGUCAACAGAUUGCAAGAAAAACAGAUGUCCUGCUCUGAGCUGCUGAGCUUAUACCUGGCUUGGGAAAUGAGCCGAAUUCUGAAGAUGGUUCAUGCUGCCCAGAUCAUACACGGCGAUGUGAAACCGGACAAUUUCAUGAUAACUCAUGGACUGGAUGAGAAUGCGACGGUGGAGGAAAUACUUGAUAAAAGAUCUUUUACACUGAAGCUGAUUGACUGGGGCCGUGCCAUUGAUAUGGGCUCCCUCAAAGGAUGCAAAUUUCGAGGAAAAGCGGGGACUGACGCUUUCGACUGCUUUGAGAUGCAAGAUGGCCGGCCUUGGACAUAUCAGACAGAUUUCUUUGGGUUUAUCGCAACGCUUCAUGUUAUAAUUUAUGGGAAAUAUAUGAAGACAUUUCGAGUAAGCGCCGAGCGAUAUGCCAUGACUUCUGUGCUGAAAAGGCGAUGGCAGCAGUUGGGUUUGUUGAAGGAUAUCUUCGACAUGUGCAUGAACAUCCCGGAUUGUGAAUCGCUUCCCAAAUGGUCCAUCAUAAUUGACGGUCUUGAAAGCAGCAUCAAGUAA